GGCAACGUUAUCUUGGAGCAACGCAGGCUAAUGUCACGAACGUGGAAGGACAUUUCAAGAAACAGCCAUGUAUAGGUUUUUAUUCCGAACUGGGUGCGCUGCUAGAAAUUCCUCAGUCAUCUUGUCCGAGUCGGGGGUAUUAACAGCGAAAUGUGACAAGGCGGCAGCUCCAGUAUUCAGGGUUGCUAAUGGAGGAGGAGUAAAGCUCAGCACAAGUUCAAUUAGGCUGUGUGAAAAGAAAGACAAUGUCCCUGCCUCUAAUCAAGGUGAGAAAGCAGAUGGGGGUGGAAAUGAAGACGCUGCUCUGUCAGAAUCUACCCAAACAAAGAUGGUGGCACAAAACGAGGAUCCGGUGGCGUUAAAGGCUAAUGAUGGAUGUACCACGCAGCCGGAGAUGGAUGUUAGAAUCGAACAGGUUGUGGCAAAGCCAACACAGGUCAAGGCUGAUGAAGCUAAGAAUGGGAAGCAGAAUCUUUUGAAUCUUCUUGGAGCUAUGAAAGUGGAAGUUACCAAUAAGAGGAAGCUCAAAAGCAUGAAGGCUAUGCAAAGUUCUGAGUCACCUACACAAUAUAAGUCAAAGCCAGCAGCUAUGGAGAGCACCAUCAGUAUGUUUCAGAAGGCUUCAGUCGAUGCUUCACAACAGAGUGAGACACUGGAUCCCAAUUUAGUUGCAGCUGCAUCUGCCGCUGCCUCCACGCUUCCUGACAGCAGCCGAGCAGAGUCGGAGCUCCUCAGGCAGCUGAGACAACGCAAGGCCAUCACCGAGGCUCAGAAGCAGGGUCGUGUCAGCGACAUUGGAGAAAUUAUCACUGACAUGAAAGUAGGAAGAAAGAAAUCCAACCGAGUGAAUGUUUGGCCGACCGAUCAGAUCCAAUUUGAUGAGGACGGGCGAGGAUACACAAAAGACAGAGGGAUCACUAGUGAGCUGGCUGGCGUUCAGAAAAGGAGGGGCUUGUUCAAAGGGAAAAGACUCAAUAUUUUCUCCUCCACUGCUGAUAACGAUGGAGUUGAUUCAGCAGUUGCAAAGCCAACUCUGUGGGACGUGGACUUUGCGAAUCAGUUGUCUCAGUCAACCAAUCGGAUACCUCGCAAUGGGUUUGAGGAACUGAUUCAAUUGACCAAAGAGGGGAAGCUGUGGCAGUAUCCAAUCAACAAUGAAGAUGGUCUCGAGGAAGAAGCCAGUGUCUCCUUCCAUGAGCAUAUCUUCUUAGAGAAACACUUGGAGGAGGGCUUUCCUCGUCAGGGACCAGUUCGUCACUUCAUGGAGCUGGUGGUGAUCGGUCUGUCCAAAAACCCCUACCUGACCGUGCAGCAGAAGAAGGAGCACAUUUUCUGGUUCAGAGACUACUUCCAAGAAAAAGAAAAAGUUCUCAAGGAGGCUAAUGUUUCCAGCUAAACUUAAGACAACUAUAAAAACAAGACACUCUUUUUCUCAGUGGGGCUUUGCAGCUGCAAUCAUCCUUACACAUAAAGUUUAAGUGAGGAGACAUCUGAUUUAAACUCUACCAGGAGACCCAUUAGAGCAAACAUAGUGAUCAGACCAUACUGCCACUUCAACGCUGGUGUGUCACAAAGUACAUGAAGACUGUCCAGGAAGCAAGUUGGAUGUUUCUGUACACACAAGUUUGACCUAUUUAUGUACAAGCUAUUCCAUCUGAUCAUUUGAAAUAGUAUCACUGGUGUGGUGACAGUUGCUUUAAAACACACUUGGCUUAUCAGAGCCUGAGAUCCUGAGUUUUUUUUUUUUUCUUCCAAAAAUAAAAGUCAUCUCUACACUCAUAUCAAUGCAGUAAGUUUAUGUGAUGUUGCAGAAUGCUGCUCAUGCAGGACUAUUAAAUUGGAUGGAUUGUCAAAGACCUUCA